AUGGCUGGAUUUUCGAUUCGAACUCUUUUUAUAAUAUUCUUCUGUUUAACUGAUGCUUUAGCCAGUGAGAGUUAUACCAAUGUGUGGUCCGUAAAAUUUCGUGGUAACCGGGAAGAAGUCGAGCGGUUUGCCUCCAAAAAUAAUCUCGUCUACGACAGACAUCUAUUUGAGGAUUAUCAUACCUUAAAACGACCUGAUUUGCUGAAAAGUCCUCAAAAGACAAAGUCCUCAUUGGAGAUUGAUAGCAAGUUGCUUUCUGAGGAAAAGGUUGAAUGGUUCAUGCAUCAAAAGGUGAAAAAGUAUAAACUGUUUUCAAAUGAACACCGGGGAGUACUUUGGUACAUUGAUAGACCUGAGGGAUCCCAAGAGCCAACCUUCAAUGUUGUUCCUGUUUGGAAAGCAGGAUACACAGGAAAAGGAAUUAUAGUAGCAGUUGUUGAUGAUGGAGUUGAUGGCAGUCAUCCUGAACUAAAAGACAACUAUAAUGUGCAUCUAAGUUAUGAUUAUGUGCUUGGCAAAGAUGUGGAACUUGGAACACCUGUAUCUGGCCACGGCAACAAAUGUGCAGGUGUCAUAGCUGGAAAACGACAUAACGAUUUAUGUGGAAUAGGAUUGGCCUAUGAAGCUAACAUUGCAGGUGUUCGCCUCUUUGAUGAUCACAUUUGGUCGACUGACGCAUGGGAAUUCUCGUCUUUGAUACAUAAACUAGACUACAUUGACAUAUAUUCCAACAGCUGGGGGCCGGGGGACAUAGGCUGGGAAGUAGAAGGUCCUGGACCGCUGGCCAGUAAAGCUUUAGAACUUGGUACUUCAAAGGGUCGUGGUGGCCUGGGUGCUAUCUACACGUUUGCGGCAGGCAAUGGUGGCCUUGGGGGAGACAGUUGUGCAUACAAUGGUUACGUAAAUAGUAUUUACACCAUUGCUAUCACCGGUGUGAAUCGUGAUGGAUCUCUUCCUAGCUACGCUGAGGACUGCCCCGGAAUAAUGGCCGCCGCUUAUAGUAUGGAUUCAUAUAAAAACGUCGGAACGGUUACAACUGUUGAUAACCAAGAAGGAUGUGUUCAUAAUUUCUCGGAGUCGUCAGCGGCUACCGCAAUGGCAUCAGGAUUGAUUGCACUAACCCUGCAAGCAAAUCCUAAUUUAACAUGGCGUGACGUUCAACACAUCAUAGCUAACAGUGCUAGAGCAGCACCUGGUGGUGUCUUGCUUAAAGAUGGAAAGUGGCGGCAAAACAAAGCAGGAUUUUACUUCAGUAAAUUUUAUGGCUUUGGACUCAUGGACGCUAGCAGGAUGGUGAACCUGGCAAAGAACUGGACUCAAGUUCCUGGGCAGCGGAAAUGUGAAAUCGAAGGGAGUGAAAAGCAAAUCCCAGGUACAAUUUCAGUAGAAGUCAAAAAUUGCGAGAUAAAGUUCUUAGAGCACGUGCAAGUCAGAGUAAAUCUUGAUUUCUCUCGGCGUGGAGACUUGAUACUACAUUUGAAGUCACCGAGUGAAACAAUUUGUCCAUUGACGGGAUACCGUAUGGCAGACAACUAUCAGGAAUUUACGAACUUGACAGACUGGCAUAUCACAACUCUAUUUCACUGGGGAGAGAAUCCUUCAGGGAAAUGGGAGCUCAAGAUUAGUGAUGCUUCCCCAGAACACCCAAGUGCAGGUAAACUUCAUCAUUGGUCCUUGAUCUUGUAUGGAACGUCAUCAGCUCCCCUCAAACACGGACGCGAAAAGGACGACCUACCACCACGCGUCAUUCCUACCAAAUCAACGAGUACAGGGAGCACAACAAAUGAACCUACAAAUGAAUCCACAUCAACAGUUCCAGUGAUGCUGAUUAUCUUACCUGUGGUAUGCGCUUCUACUUCGUUAUUCAUUAUUGCCGGAAUAUGUUGUUACCGCCAUGUAAGAAAAAAUAGGACAGAAGAUAAACGAGAACCCGAAAAACACGCUGAAUCGGUGCAGGAAGAGAACGUUGAAGUUAUGGUUUAGUGAAGGGGAAAAUAUCAACUGGUUUCUGACUGAAAAUGGCUCGAAGUUACAAUGCAUUGGUCCCUCAAUAUAAGCACGUUUUGUUCAGUGAAUGAUAUCAAAGUAAUAUAAUAAAGGCACAUAGCUCUGCCUGAAAUAUUUGUGGACAAUUUGUUCCUUUGAAAGGUCUACGUAGUAAGGUAAUUUUUUGUAGUAGUGUAAAUAUCGUGUAAGUUGUGCGUAAGGAGUUGAGGAGAUAGGGGUAGCUGUUUUCUUGUGUCGUUGAAAACCGUCAACGAUUUGACGGAAAUAUUGAUGAUUUUUGAUAAGGGUUGUCAAACCUAGAGGCAAGUUGUUUAAGCAAAUACUUAAUUAAUUCAAAAGAAACCAAGGUACACUUGAAUUUACUUGAAUUUACUUGAAAUUUACUUGAAAGUUCGAGAGCGUCUAAAACCUUCACGCGUUGAUUGUAGUAUCGAGGAGGGAGAAAAUUGGUUUCCUGUGAGAGCAUCACUCCUCACUAUACUAAGUUUAGACUUCAUAACUUAAUUUUUAAAAAGAUCGGAAGUUUGUUUUUUGAUUGUUGUAAUGCUUGAAUUGUGUAUAAGUAUAUGAACCACUAGUUUACUUGUCAGUUCAAUUUUCGGCGGAAGACGCGGAAAACGUUGUAGA